AUGAGCAGUAGCAGUGAUCCAUUAGUGAGUGGGAGAGUGAUUGGGGAAGUGGUCGACAACUUCAACACCACAGUCAACAUGGAAGUCGUCUACAAAUCCAAAUCCAAAAAGCAAUGGUACAAUAGCAAGCAACAGUGUGUGAGUUAUGUCCCCGUCGUCGUUCGCAAUGACCAUGAGAUCUUCCCUUUCACUCUCACCUCCAAACCUAGGGUUCAAGUUCUUGCUGCUCAUUUCACUACAUUCUUCACACUGAUCAUGACAGACCCUGAUGUUCCAGGUCCAAGUGAUCCAUAUCUUCGAGAACACUUGCACUGGGUGAUCACAGACAUCCCGGGCACAACGGAUUCAUCUUUUGGAAGAGAAGUUGUGAGUUAUGAAAUGCCGAGGCCAAAAAUUGGAAUACAUCGAUACAUAUUCUUGUUGUACAAGCAAAAGAAUCGGCUACAAGUGUCGUUGAGCCUCCCUAUUAGCCGAGAUGGAUUUUGCACGAGGAAAUUUGCCGAGGAUUACGAAUUAGGCCUCCCCGUGGCAGCCGUUUUCUUCAAUUGCCAGCGCAAAAUAGCUCCAAGGAGGCGAUGA